UUGGCAUGAUUUCCCUUCACUACUAAAUCCUUCUCAUCCUUAAAUUUUUACUAGUUUACGCAUCGUAUUUUCUCUCUAGGUUUGCAAACAAUGGCACCAAAGGUGGAGAAGAAACCAGCGGAGAAAAAGCCAGCGGCGGAGAAGGCACCAGCAGCAGCAGAGAAGAAGCCAAAGGCAGGCAAGAAGUUGCCAAAGGAUGGCGCUGGAGCUGCAGGAGACAAGAAGAAGAGGGUAAAGAAGUCAGUGGAAACCUACAAGAUCUACAUCUUCAAAGUGCUCAAACAGGUUCAUCCCGACAUUGGUAUUUCUAGCAAGGCCAUGGGUAUUAUGAACAGUUUUAUCAAUGACAUUUUUGAGAAACUUGCUCAAGAAUCUUCCCGCCUUGCUCGCAUCAACAAGAAGCCUACCAUUACUUCUCGGGAGAUUCAGACUGCUGUCAGAUUGGUCCUCCCUGGUGAAUUGGCUAAGCAUGCUGUGUCUGAGGGUACAAAGGCUGUUACCAAAUUUACUAGCUCUUAAAAUUAGGGUUGCUAGAUGUAAAAGACAAUUUGCCAAUUAAGGAUUCUAUUCCUUGUAAUGUGGACCAGCUAUUCUUUUAAUGAAGAAUGUUUUGUUUUCUCUGUUAAA